UGACCUUUAAAUUUGGCGUAACGGAAUAUAAUGCAAAAACAAUUUGGUCCUGCUAGAUAAAAUAUUAAAAGUCUCUGAGUGAUCAGUAUUUUGAUAAAUUUAAAAGACUCUAUGAGAGGAUAAAAAUGUUGAUUUUAGCGGAAUAACAAGUCCCUUUUAUCAAUAGGAGUAACAUAGUUGUUCUUAUUCACGGCGUUACUGAUAACUUAUGGGAAUACGUGUUGAGGAUUAAAAUGUCGAAAAAGUCUGUUCGCUCAAGUAGCCGGACUGGUUCCGUUAAAUCUGGCGGGAAAGCCCCUGGUGGCAAGAAGCCGGAACCUUGUUCCCAGUGCACAAAGCCUAACAAAAAUUUGCGACUGCUCGCUUGUAGUCACGCGUUUUGUCCAGAAUGUUUGAAAACCUUACCAACAAAAGAGGUGGAGUCCAAUGAGAAAGACGGGCGAAGUUCAAAAUUGUCAAACAAAGGUGGCAAGAAGAGCGCCACACCGAAAGAGGAACCUAUCUGCCCGAUAUGUGAUGCGCCUAAACAAGAAGAGGAUUUUACUCAUGGAGAGUGUGCACCAUGUAAAUUUGAAGAGAAAUCAAGCGGGGCCACAGGGUUUUGUGUAGAAUGUUCGGAACUACUUUGCGAAUCGUGCUCAACUGAACAUAAUAAAUUCAAAACUAUCAGAGCUCAUAACAUUCUUAAAGGCGAUAGAAUUCCAAAGGAUACGGGUGCAGUUGCUCGGCUUCCACUUUUGAUGAUGUGUAUGGUUCAUACGGAAAAAGACCUAGAAUACUACUGCGCCGAUCAUGACGUCAUGGGAUGUGGCGCAUGCGUAAACACAGACCACAGGCGGUGCGAACGCGUCAUGUUUAUAAAAGACAUCACUGAUGAACCAUCGGACAGAAAAGUGGUCGCUGACGCCGCCGUAGAGUUGAGAGACAUUAAAAAGAACUUUGAAGAUAUUCAUAAAGAUACGGGAGAGAUACUUACGAGCCUUGAACAACAAAGGAAUGAAAUUCGAGAACGUCGUGAACAAUAUAAAAACAAAAUAAUGGAGCUACUGGAUAAGCUGGAAACGUCAAGCGAAAUUGAAAUGGAAGAAGUGAUACAGAAUGUUUCUAAAGAUAUGGGUGAUGACAGCCAGAGUUCAACAGAGAUAUUAGGAAAAUUAGACAGUUCCAUACAAAUCCUAGACGCUGCUGCCGGACAUGCAACAAACCAACAAAUGUUUGUUGCCGGUCGCCGUAGCGCGGCGGAGAGAGACAAGUACGUCAAUAUGCUUAACAACGCUAUGGGGAGUAUUCAGAACGUUCGUCUUGAAUUCAAACCGGACCCGACAAUGGAACGGCUUGCAAAAAGUCUAGAAAUGUUUGAUGGGAGGACAAUAUCCUCAAACAGGACAAGACAAAACCAGAAGCCCAGAAAUACUUUUCAGCCUCAAAACGGCUUUAUUGAUCAUGGAAUGGGAACACAGCCGGUCAACUUCAUAUCUCGGACAGAUAUGAAUCGUCGUCCGUCUUCGGAGUUUUCGAAUUCAAACUCGCAAUUCCAGAACAAUCGAGGGAAUGAUCUUCCGCCAAUUGGUCGUCAGACAUCCAUUAUGACUGGUUCUGUUCCGGAUUUCCGAAGUGCGGGAUACAGGUCUAGCAUGACGGAUUUUCAAGGCGGAGGUGGUGGAGGGAUCAGGAGUCUUCCACAGACUCCACGAAGAAACGACUUCAACCAACAAUUUAGAAGUAUGCCACCAACUCCUAGACUAGGAAUGACAGAUGGACUCGAACCGACGUUGUACGAACGACAAAUGUUUAACCAGGGAGCUUUGCCUAUUAUACCUCCACGUGUAGCCUACUCGGAACCAGGAUUUGACAUGGGGCGCAAGCAGCAAGAUUUUGCGCCGUUGUCCCCAAGAACCGUUGGAAAUAACGCACUGGUUAAUCAAGGUCUUAACAAGCCACAGAUGAGCAAACCAGAUAUGCUGACAAUAAAUCAUCAACAAGUUUCUAGAAGAAACUCUCUGACGAGCAUCGCUUCAAUGCCAUUGUCAACAAGAGAGACUUCAACGAAGACAAAGUCCGACAUUCUUGCACAGGCUUCACCAAUAAACCGCCGAGGAGAGCUAAAUCCUUCUGGUCCAGCACUGAAGGAUCGCAAAGCCAUUCUGGCCGGCCAGUUUAACGUCCGGCUUCAAGAAGAUUCAAACGUUUGUGGUUUAAAGGGGGCGGCUUUUAUGCAAGAUGGCAGAAUCGUGCUAGCUGAUUAUGAUAACCAUAAUGUGAAGGUGUUUGAUUCAAAGCUUUACCGCGGUUCCCAACUUCGUCUGUCAUCCGGUCCCUGGGAUGUCGAAGUCACUGGUCCGAAAGAGGUGGCCGUUUCAUUACCAUUUGAAAGCAAGAUUCAGUUUAUUGCUGUUACAGACCAGCUGAAAGCAACUCGAUCAAUAAAGUUGGACAUGGACUGCUAUGGUAUUGUAUGCAGAAAUCAAGAACUUAUUGUCGUCUGCAACGACUACCUUAUUGGUCCGGCGGUACAGGUUGUCAGUUUAACUGGGAGAAUCAAGCAGACGAUCGAUACGGACAGGAGCGGACGCAGAAUCCUCUCGGACCCUUACUACCUGACCGUGACCCCGACCGGAAAGCUUAUUUACGUCUCCGAUAAAGACAGAAUCGUCUGCAUGGAUCGGCAUGGUAACGUGACAUCUGUCUACCAGGAUGUGUCUCUACGCAACGCACGUGGGAUUGACAUUGACAACGAAGGAAAUUUGUACGUCUGCGGGUAUAUGUCUAACAGUGUACAUCAAAUUACAAUGCACGGGAUUGACUUCCGCUGUUUGAUCAGCAAGGAGCAGGUCUGGGACCCAUGGUCUGUCAAGUUUAGUGAGGGCAACGGAACAAUUAUGGUUACAUGUGAUGCAAGUGACACAAUAAAAGUUUUCUCCCUCCAGUGAUUGAUGCAGACCGUUGAGCUUUUAUAGGAUAUUCCUCGACUUUGUAGUACUGAUAGUAGACCUAAUUUGGGUCUUUUUCGGGAUUUACUAUUAAUGUAAAAUAAGAUAAAGGAGGGAAAAAUAUGAAAACAAUACUUUAAUAUAAUUCUAGCCUCAGUACCCGCGAUGUAACGAAGGACAUAUUUUCAUAUACAUUGAAUGCCCACUAUAACGGGACUCCAAAAAUCAAGACAAUCAUAGGAAAGUACCCCAUACAUUCGGUAUAUUAGCAAAACAACAUUUAAUAUCAAUGAUAUUUAGAUCCAACUUCAAAACUAAAUAAACUAAAACAAGUAAAAUUAGGCCUAUAUAAAAAUAUAGUAAAAUAAAUAAUAUAGCAUAUUUCCAAAAUUCACCUCAUUGAGUUGCAAAAAAUACUGCUUUAAAUAGUAAAGAUUAAACAUUUUAUGACAGUGGUUGGGAUAACAGAUUUUUACUACCAUAACUGAACGCAUUGGGUCCUUUGUCAGUAUUGUCAAUAUUAUAUACAGUCAGAAGUGACUGUAAAGACCACAUUUGCGAAAUCAAAAAGAAUAUUUUUGUUGACUGGUUGCUUGUCUGUCUGUACAGGUAAAUAUAUAUUAGUUAUCCUUAAGGUAGUUCUGCACGUUCGGAUCAAUUUUUUUUUCUACAAUGUAGAAUUAGAUUAAACCCUGAUUUUUCAAAACUUCAUAAUAUACUUAGAAAAUUCAGCAAAUAAAAAAGAUAGCCGGGCCGUUCGCUUUAUUUUUUGCUAGACUGAUUUGAAAAAUUUGGACCUCGCGUAAUUUUUCAUAAUGGGAGUCUUCAUGGUCUUGGAAAAUAAUAACAUAACUUGCAUAACAUUUUCGCGAAUAUGUUUUUUUUCUAAAAUGUAAAUUUCAAUGAAACUUCUCACAGUUGUAAAUAAACAUAUGGCCUAUAAUGUGGUGAAAUAAAAUGUUUAGGUCCGUG